AUGUCCGCAAUUGGGAUAGGAAAUUAUACAUACCAAAAGGAUUGCGAAGCUGCUCCCGAUACUGGUACAUCAUAUAUCGGCGGACCGAAAGCUAUAAACGACCAGCUCGCUAACGCUGUCGGAGCUGUGGUGGUUGACUACGGAAAAAUGGCGUACGUCGGUAAUAUCACAGUCGGAACGCCUGAUCAGCAAUAUAUCGUUAUUGUUGACACCGGAUCGGAUAUUCUGUGGGUUCUGGGAAGUGAUUGUGAAUGA